AUGUCGCAGAACCUAACUUUCGCUUUGCUUCCACCAGAUGUACUGUUCAGCAUCCUUCUCUACUGCGAUGUGUCUCGAGUACUUGCUCUCUCCCAUACAUGUCGGACGCUCCGCGACAUAACACAGCAGCCCUAUGUCUGGAUAUCACUAGCCCGACGACUCCAAGCCAACGGGAUCCUUGAAUACGACAUUGCCAAUCUCAUUGACCUCUCAACCGAUAAACUAAUUGCAAUCGUGAAACGGACAGUUGUUGGACCAGCGACCUGGAGUGCUGACGACUCGAAUUUAUCUCCUGUUAUCCAGCGCAUAAUCACCAUCCCCGUAGACACUCGCCCUCAACCUGGCGUGCUACAUUGGGAGAACGACGCGAGACUAGUUCCUGACGCGCGUCAUGUCAUUUAUCGAGACAACGGUCGCCUACGAUGCUAUAGCGUCGCUGAGAAGAAACUCACGUGGACCUUCACGUCUCAACUCCCAACGGGGACUCGCCCCUCGGUCAUAGAAUUCAGCAUAAGUGUCCAUCCACAUCAGGGUGGUGAGUGGAUUGUGGUGAUCAUUGGAGAACGCACCUUCCCCUAUACCUCUGUCGAUGACCGGAAGAAUUUCGUCACCUGCAUAGCCCUAGAGCCUGCAUCCGGCCGUCAAGUACCACUUAUUGUCGUCCGAGCGCCAGACACGGAAUUCGACAACCCAUUCAGUCGGUUUGCAGUGCUGGGGACUGCCGGGGUUGCUGUAGUCAAUACUUCUCAAGGGACUCACUUGCUCCUCGACUGGCAGCGGAAACAGGUUAUUCUCAUACAGCACCCUAGCCGUUCGGGACGUAUUGGGCUGAUCGCUGAUCAUGCACUGAUCAAAACUUCGUUUCGAGGAGCCGAGGUCCUCUGCAUCGUCCCUCUCGCCGAGAUAUUCGAUAAACAUGGGACACCUGCACCUGAUCCAGAGCUUGUCCAUGACCGCCCUAUCUCUGCCGCUAGUAGAUGCAUGGUCGAUGCUCUCGUAUAUUCGGUCAGAUUUUCUUUAGAAGUCAUCACACACGCACCAUCUCCCCCAAGCGGAGCAUCGGAUGAAAUUUCCGUCUGCCAAUCGCCCCUCAGAGACGACACGUGGAGAGUUUGGAUAUAUGUCAGGUCCGAUGUGGACAAAACUCUCCCAGCGAGUUCUAAAUCGGAAAAAAUGACCCACCUCUUGUGUUGCUAUGAUAUCACACUCCAUACAAACGACAGCGUUCAAGCCUGCACAAUCCGGCGGCGACUUCGCGCACCUGCAGCCCGCUUGUAUAUUCGCAUGUCGCAGGGGAUCAGUUUCUCCGGCCAUGCCCAAAUAUUCGACGCAGUUGGCCAAAGAUGCCAGUUCAUCGUCCCUGCCCCAAUACCGUUUUCCAACAGGCCGAGAUUCGAGAUUCCACGCCCUGAUCAGAGCUCAACUCCGCAGUCCGACUUGGGUUCAAGUUCGGCAAGUGCGAAGAAUAAUGGCAAGGUCAGUCUUGAAGGCUGUGGAGACAAUGUCUAUAUCUCGCCUUAUUCCGGCGCGUUGGUUUACUCCACUGCAUUGAAUGUUCAAGUUGUCUAUUAUCUUUGA